GAAGGAAUAGACAGAGACAGGUUUGGGCGUCUGAGAGCCUGUUAGCAGCACAGUUUAAUGUGAGCAGGGGAGCCUCAGGGGCUGUGACCCUGCUGGAACUGCCUGACCUGAGGAAGGAGAUUUUUAGCCUUGUGAGGCAGGGCUGGCUGUCUUUUGGGUGUCUGGUGGAGCAAGGAGCCUGUCAAGGGAUGGAGGAGCCUGGAAACUGCUCUGGGACCCUCCUCACCUUCGGUCCUUCCACAGCUCUGUCAGGCACGUUGGAAAUUUGUCUUUCCCUGUGAGGUCAGGGACAGCCUUGGGCAUCUCUGGGUGUGUCUGGAACAUCAGGGAAAAGAGAAGGUGUGGAGUAAACAUCAACUCUGCUCCUGCAGCUGCUCUGCGACAGCACUCGGGGAGGGGAUGCGAACAGCCAGGGACACUGGGGGAGACUCUGCAGCUGGGGCUCAGCCUGGACUGCUGGUUUGGGUGGGCUGGGAUGGUUUUCUGCAAAGCUGUAAGGCUUGUGAGGUGUGCCAGAGAGGAAAGGAGAAAUUCAGCAUGUGCAGGUCGUGCUUCCAGCUCUGUUUGUUCUUCAGGAAUAACUUCAGCCUCAGUAAGGAGGAGUCACUGUUUGCAGGCUCAGUGUUAUUUCCCACAGCACACUGUUGUUUUAGAAUUGCACACCAGGACCUGGGAAGGAGAGAGAUGGUGAAAAGGAAAUCCAGCAGAGGAGACUUCGUAUUUUCUGCUGAUCGUCUGAUCAGACUCGUGGUUGAAGAGGGACUGAAUCAGCUGCCCUACACAGAAUGUACUGUGACCACUCCAACAGGACACAAGUAUGAAGGAGUCCGGUUUGAAAAGGGAAACUGCGGGGUCAGCAUCAUGAGAAGUGGGGAGGCCAUGGAGCAGGGCCUGCGGGACUGCUGCAGAUCCAUCCGCAUCGGGAAAAUCCUGAUCCAGAGCGACGAGGAGACGCAGCGAGCCAAGGUGUACUACGCCAAGUUCCCCCCUGACAUCUACAGGAGGAAAGUGCUGCUCAUGUACCCGAUCCUGAGUACUGGGAACACAGUCAUUGAAGCUGUCAAAGUGCUCGUGGAACACGGGGUCCAGCCCAGUGUCAUCAUCCUGCUCAGCCUCUUCUCCACACCCCAUGGUGCCAAAUCCAUCAUCCAGGAAUUCCCAGAAAUCACCAUUUUAACUACAGAAGUGCAUCCUGUUGCACCAACACACUUUGGACAGAAGUAUUUUGGGACAGACUGACAGUCUUGGAACAACUGGAUAUGACUCUGGCAUUACAAGAGGUUUUUUUACAUUUUAUUACUGUUGAGUUGGUCGAGGGCAUGUUUAAAAACCUUUUUGGCCAACUAACUUAGGGUAGUGCUGGCCUGAACAGGGAUCAGGUACAGUGACCAAGCACUCCGGUUACACGGUCAAGCAUCUCCAUGUUGUGGUUCUGUAAUUGCCACACUCUGCUUUAACCUAUUUAUUCUUCUCCAGCCUGUCCGUGGCCACCUGCAAGAGCAAAAUAAACCCAACUAAACCCCAA